AUGGGAUCUGCAGCUUCAAAGCCUGCCGGGAGAACGCUUGGCUCUGCGGUGAAAUCUGAAACAAAGGUGAAACUUGCAAGUCCAAAGGGGAAGGUCAAUACGCUUCCCUCGAAGGAAUUGAAGGAGAAAUUUGCCACAUCUCAGAACAAAGAUACCUCAUUUGUAGAGUCCGAUUCUUUCCGGGGUCAAGCUUCAACCACCACGUUCAAUCCUGCACAUCUCAAGAAGAAAUUGAAGAAGAAGGAGCAACAACAGACAACAGUAAUGCCUGAAGGUAAGGAUGGGUUUGAUCCUCAAGGACCUCCUUCUCCUUCAUCAUCAUCUCAAAUGAAUGAUGGUCCUAAUAGUUCUUUUGCAGAUUCGGUGAUGCGGUUGGGGGCACAGAUCCAAUCACAUUCUACCAAUCCAAACUUGAACCCGGAGUUUGCCGCUUUGAAACAAUUAAGUAAUCGUAGACGUUUAUAUUUACAAGGAGAACAAGAGGAAGAACGGGCCACGGGGUCUGGCUCCGGCUCCAGCUCGGGCUCUGGAUCUCGUACCAUGAUCCAUCCAAGAACAUUGGCUGGUUUACUCAAUGAUUUGAAUGAUCUGAGAAUCUCAAGACCACGUCUUUUGGAAGAUUAUCAAUUACAACUGGAUGAAUUUUUAGAUCAUUUACAAGCAAGAUUCAAGUUGGCCACCACUAUGUUGGUUGAAAAGGAGAAGCCACGUGACGGUGAAGUGAUGGUUCAAAAUAGAGCUCCUUCAAGUGGAGGUGUUGGUAGUGAACCACUGGCACUGCCCAAAGUUGAUGAGAAUGGACAAUUAAGAGAAAUUGACCCGGAGAAGAUGCAAAGAUUGAAGAGUAGAUUGGGAUUGGAUGAAGAGGUUUCCCCGGAGGAAAGAGAUAUAAAGAGAAGGUAA